GUCCCAGAGAGCGCGCUGCGCGGGCAGAGUCUAGGCAGGGGGAUCCAACAACCAGCCCUGGAGAAAAAAUAACACACAGCAGCGAUCGUCUGUUUCAAGAUUAUUUUAUUGCAGUGAGGUAGGCCAGGCCAGUGUGUGUAUCCAUGAAUGUACGUCACCAUGAUGAUGACCGACCAGCUGAUGGACUUAGCUCCGCCUCCGCUGCUGAACGGGGAGCUGCCGCUGAUGCAACACAUGGUUAAUGGAGACGCAUCGCAACAGGUGAUCCUGGUACAGGUGAAUCCAGGGGAGACCUUCACCAUCAGAGCGGAGGACGGCUCGCUGCAAUGCAUCCAGGGUCCUGCUGAGGUCCCAAUGAUGUCCCCCAAUGGAUCAAUCCCCCCCAUCCACGUCCCCCCAGGAUACAUCUCCCAGGUGUUAGAAGACAACACAGGAGUGCGUCGGGUGGUCGUCACCCCGCAGUCUCCUGAAUGUUAUCCCCCCUCGUACUCCCCCGCUCUCUCCCCCACGCACCACCUCCCGCCGUACCUCACCCACCCCCACUUUAUCCCCAACUCUCACUCCUUCUACCCCCCUGUGAGUCCUGGAGACCUGCCCCCCCAGUACUACCAACACCACCUCCCGCCCAUAUAUGGAGAAGAGAUAAUCCCAGUGUAUGGCAUGUCCAGCUACGUUGGCAGAGAGGAGAGCUACAACAAGCCCCAGCCGAAGAAGAUGAAGGAGCAGAGACAGCUGGAGCGACAGAACAGACUCAACUCUCCUCCCUCCUCCCUGUACAAGUCUCUGGGCUCCAGCCACAAUGGAUACAGCGGGAAGAGCCAUGUCCCUUCGCCAGGGUCGUUGGGGUCAAUGGGCGGAGCUAACAGUCCAGGAGGGAAGAAGCCGGAACGACGACAACUACGGAGCAGCCCAAGGAGCAACGAGCCAGACACACACACACAAUCACCGCAAGAUCACGACUCGGAGGCAAAGAGAGUUCAGGAAGUGCUCUCCGCCAUCGACAAACCACAGGUGUCCAACGUGCACGCGCGGGGUGCUAGGUUGUCCUGGGCUCCCCCGGUCGGGCUGGUGAACCGGUUCAGCAACAGCCAGUCUCUCACCUAUGAGGUCUCUCUGUCCGACAAGGGACGGGACGGCAAAUACAGACUUAUAUACAGUGGAGAAGAGUUGGAGUGCCAUCUAAAAGACCUGAGGCCAGCUUCAGACUACCACGUACGAGUCAGCGCGGUGUGUAACUCUAACUUGAGGGGUGUGUGUUCGGAGACGGGGUCGUUCACAACACACACCUGCCCCCCCGACCUGCCCUUCCCCCCUAAACUGUCUCACCGCACCAAGAGCACCCUCACACUGCAGUGGAAGCCUCCAGUCGACAACGGAUCCAAAAUCACAAACUACCUUCUGGAGUGGGAUGAGGGAAAGAAGAACAGUGUAUUUAGAGAAUGUUACUUUGGGAGCCAGAGACACUGUAAACUGACCAGACUGUGUCCUGCUGUGGGCUACACCUUCAGAGUGGCUGCUCACAACGACAUAGGCACCAGUGGUUUCAGUACGGAGGUUGUGUUCUACACUACAGGUACGCUGCCCUCCUGCCCCCUGGCACCGCGGCUGUUGCGGGCGGGCGUCUCCUGGGUCACUCUGGAGUGGGGCCGUCCCGAGGGCAGCUCCAACGAGGAACUAAUCACAUACACACUCGAGAUCCAGGAGGACAAUACCGGAACAGACUUUCAUCUGAAGUACACUGGAGACAACCUAACCUCCACAGUGCAAGGCCUGAAGAGGAGCACACAGUACAAAUUCAGGCUGAUAGCGUCUAACGUGGAGGGUGGCAGUAAACCCAGUGAAGUGUUGGUGUGUACUACCUGUCCUGAUAAACCUGGACCCCCUUCUCCCCCCCGAGUCACGACCACUACAUCUUAUGGCUUCACCAUCACCUGGGAUCCUCCCCAGGACAAUGGAGGUUCAGAAGUUCUGACGUAUCUGCUGGAGAUCUCAGAAGGCAGCUCUGACGCGGGCCAGUGGGAGGUGGCGUACAGCGGCCCUGCUACAGAGUGUGUGUGUGAAGAACUGACGCCCGGCACAGUUUACCGCCUGCGAGUGUGUAGCAUCAGCACCGGUGGACACAGCCAGUGUUCCUUCAGCGUUCCGGUUCGGACGUUGAGCGUCGUCCCCGGACCCUGCCAACCGCCCAGGAUCGUGGGUAAAGCCAAACACAAGGAAGUACAGUUAGAAUGGGACGGCCUGACAUCAGAAGGUGUGUGUGAGGAGUGUAUGUUCAGUCUGGAGAUGACAUCAUCAGAGGGCGACGCUGAGCCCAGUGAGAUGUACAAUGGGACAGAGCUGCAGUGCAGUGUGGGUAGCCUGCUGCCGGGGGCAACCUACAACUUCAGACUGAGGGCUGCCAACGAGGCUGGGUUUGGAGAGUACUCUGAAGCGGUGGAGGUGACGACAGCAGCGGGUCCUCCAGGCCAGUGUGUGGCGCCACUCAUCACUCUGAACAACACCACCUGUCUAACAGUCAGCUGGGAGAGUCCUGAAGGAUCAGGCUCUGACAUAUCAGAGUAUCGCCUGGACUGGUCCAGGGAGGAGGAGCCUAUGGAGCUGAUCUACUGUGGACCAGAGACCCAGUGUGAAGUAUCAGACCUGACCCCCGCAACACACUACUGCUGUAGACUACAGGCGGUGAACCAAGCGGGGGCGGGGCCUUACAGUGAACAGAUGACCUUCCAGACUCCAGCGACUAAUCCCGACGCAGUCUCUUCUUUCUUCCUGCUUGACCAGCUCCAAUCAGAUCAGUCCCCCUCCACCUGCCUCUUCCUGAAGUGGGAGGAGCCUAACUGUAAUGGGGCGGAUAUAACGUCUUACAUCAUCAGUCUGGACGAUCAACUCAUUACCGUGGAUACAGGAACCAGUCACCUGAUCACUGACCUUCAGCCAGACAGCCAGUACAGUGUGCAGAUCCAAGCGGUGAAUGUGAUUGGCUGUGGCCCGUUGAGCCCACCCCUGGUGGCUAGGACACGCCCCCUCCCUCCGGCUCCUCCUCCUUUGGAAUGUUCGGCUGCCGGCCCCCAGAGCCUGAAACUGAAGUGGGGGGAGAACGCUGCACACACACACACCCGCGCCCUGCUCUCCAAUGACAUGUUCUACACACUACAGAUGGAAGAUAAGAACCACAGGUUUGUAUGUAUCUACAGAGGUCCCAGUCAUACUUACAAGGUGCAGCGUCUGACAGAGUCCACCAGUUACCGGUUCAGGAUCCAGGCAUGUAGUGACGCAGGGGAGGGACCCUUCUCAGACACGCAUACCUUCUCUACCACCAAGACUGUACCCUCCGCACUCAAAGCUCCCAGAGUGCACCAGCUGGAAGGGAAUGUGUGUGAGGUCACCUGGGAGGCCAUUCCACCAAUGAGAGGCGACCGUGUCAACUACAUCCUUCAGGUGCUGGUUGGACGAGAGUCAGAGUACAAACAGGUGUUUAAGGGAGAAGAGAGUGCCUUCCAAAUCACCGGACUCCAAGGCAACACCGACUACCGUUUCCGUGUGUGCGCCUGCCGCCGUUGCCAGGAUACCAACCAUGAACUCUGUGGCCCUCUUAGUCCCUCCUCCCUGUUCACCUUGCGUCGCCAGGAGCAACAGUGCCUGGGGGAGACCAGCGCCGUGGAGACGGUGAAAGGGGCGGGGAUAAUAUCCAGCGAUGAGCGCUUUGCGGCGGUCGUGGUGUGUGUGUUCGCCGGUGUCUCCAUCCUCAUGGCCUGUCUGCUACAAUACUUCUUCAUGAAGUGAGGGAAUGAAUCUGCAACAGGAUAGAAAAGAGAAAACAAAGCGAUAGCGAAAGAAAACGAGCAUCUGCGAAAGAAAGGAAAGAAAACAAACACUUAAGAAUCAAGUGCAGGAUAGAAAGAGGAAAAAAACGAGAGAGGAAACAGACUUCAAACGAAACAGAAUUUGAGCUGUACUUCAGUUAUUCUACCGUGCCGUUGUCCACAUAUCUCUUUCCUCUUCUCUCUCCUCUCUCGCUCGCUCUCUCUGUUUCUCUUGUCAUUGUUAGUUUGGUCUCUCUAUCUUAUGUAAUGGAUGUAUUUGGAGGGAAGCUGUUCGUGGCCAGAACAAACAAACUGAUAACCAAGCAUUAGCCAGCCAGGAGCCCAGUAAGCUCCUCAAUGACCCGCAUGACAUUAUUUUGUAUCUUUUUAAACCUAAUAGACAAAGUGUAUUUUUCUUUAUAUUUCUUUACAGUCAAUUCCUUACUUUACUGUGUCUGUGUCCUAUUUGCGCUGUUCGCUGCAGUCUUUCGUAGUUUUUUUCCAUUACGCCAUUUUGAAAUGUAGUUCUAAAGCUUUAGCCAUGUAUCCAUCAAUAUCUGGUACCUUGUCUAUUAUAGGCCAAAUCAUGCAAUCUUUACGCACAGAUGCACACACAGACACAUAGACACAGACACACAGAAACAUACACACACAGGCACACAUGCACAGCGAGACAAACACAUGCACACACACACACACACACACACACACAUGCACGGAGAGACAAACACAUACACACACACACACACACACACACACACACACACACACACAUGCACAGAGAGACAGAAACACUCACUCAGAUGCCUUCUCUUCUGUCUUCUUUAUUCAGCUACCAAAGCGAUGCCAUUGUUAAAAAAUGCUGCUAUCCUGUUUCGUUAUAUCUAAGAAAGAAUGGAUUUAGUUACCUAAUAUAUACAAUCUAUAUCAAAUAUAUCUAUGAUAGAUCUACCUAUCUAUAUCUGUAGGGGCGAUGUUAUGAUGUAAUAUAAGAAUUGUAGAGGUCUGGAUGACAGAGAGAAAGAGGAGGGAUCCAGGUAGGUGUUGCCUUUUAACCACAGAUCUAGGACCAGCUUUCUCUCCCCUGAAGCUAACCUAAACCAUUAAGAGUGGGAAAUGCGAAGCUGACAGUUUAGGGCAAAGGUGUAAAACCAGGCUCCUGGAUGGCCACACACCUGGCCAUAUCUGGCCAAUCAGCAACACCAGUUGAUCAAUUUAGUUUGAGGUUGAUAAAAACAUGAUGACACUUUGACCUGUGAGAACUGGACCUGACACCCCUGGUCUAGGGAUAACCUGGUAUAUUCCACUGGGAGUGGUUUAGUGAAUUAUAAUAUGUAUUCUAGGUGCUCUGAGGUCAGUUCAGUAGCCAGUCCCCGCUGUCGAAUGUAGAGGUUACUGAAGUAACCUUUUAUCCGCCCCCUGCCCCCACUCAACCUUCAUACCUAUUCAUACCCUUCUUUUUUCUCUGCCCCCUCUUUCUUUUUCUAUCCCACCGCCAUACUCAGUACGUCUCCCUCCCCUCCUCAUUCCUAACCUCCCUCCCUCUCCCUCCGUCUCUCUAAUUAAUGCUGUUAUCAUCCCACUCUCUCUCUCUCUCUCCCUCUCUCUCUCUCUCUCUCUCUCUCUCUCUCUCUCUCUCUCUCUCUAAGCUGUGCUUCACUCCUACUGUUAUCAUCCCACUCUCUCUCUCUCUCUCUAAGCUGUGCUUCACUCCUACUGUUAUCAUCCCACUCUCUCUCUCUCUCUAAGCUGUGCUUCGCUCCUACUGUUAUCAUCCCUCUCUCUCUCUCUCUAAGCUGUGCUUCGCUCCUACUGUUAUCAUCCCACUCUCUCUCUCUCUCUCUCUCUCUCUAAGCUGUGCUUCGCUCCUACUGUUAUCAUCCCACUCUCUCUCUCUCUCUAAGCUGUGCUUCGCUCCUACUGUUAUCAUCCCUCUCUCUCUCUCUCUAAGCUGUGCUUCGCUCCUACUGUUAUCAUCCCACUCUCUCUCUCUCCCUCUCUCUAAACUGUGCUUCACUCCUACUGU